CACUGGCCUGGCAGGUAAGAUAUGUGAGGUCCAUUCAGCCCCAGCUAUGCCAGUUGUGCUUACUAGACAGUGGAUCCAGUUCCUGGAAUCUUUGAAAGUGUCUCUUUAUCUGUAAUGCAGUGGGCAGUGGUACUUCUCUUGCAGGGCCGUUGUGAGAAUAAGAUACAGGUAUGUAAAUCCCUUAACUCAGUGCUAGCCAUGAAGCGAGUGGGUGUUCAAUGAACCUUCCCGUGGGUGCUGAAUUCAGGGAUAAAAGAAGAAAGAUCAAGAGUUUAAGCAAUUCAACAGUCUUUAAAUGAGUUUUGGAUUGCUUUAGAUGAAUUAACAGGUGCAAAGUAGCAGAACAAGAAGGACUAUCAGUGGAGGGGUCAGACCAUUGUCUUGUUCACACUAUUCAUCCAUUAAUAUUUUUGCACACAUUUCCAAGCUGUGCUUUUGCUUUCAAAGUUAUAGCACCGGGAAGAAGGAAGUCUGUUGAAAUCACAUGUCCUAUGUGUGACAUAAGAGCAAUAGGUGUCUUCUAGCAAUUAAAGAUGAAAAAGUGAGAACAAUCUUCUCCGAUAACUUAAGUAUAUUCAGACAGCUGUUAAUAAACGUACCCAAAAUGCUUUAUUUCCAAGAAACAGAACUGAAAAAUGAGCCCAAAGAAUUUAAAUACCUCUUCUGAGUACAUUCUAGCACAUUCUACCUGGUAUCUGUGAAACAGGCUUUGUAAGUCACUGUUCCUGUGAGCCAAAUAUGAGAGUACUAUGCCAGCUCUAUCCUGGAAUAUCUAUGCAUGGCCCUGAAACUGGCCCAAAUGUGGUUCGUGGGGUUAAUGAUUACCACAGUGGUUGUCUGGACUACGUGGUUCCACAAGCUGCACGCAGUUUACUUACAGGGGAGUCUCCAGAAAGCAGCAUGUUCACUUUGCUCCUUGGUGCUGGACUGCUGGUUCUGAACCUAGUGACCUCUGUGAGAAGCCAGAAGACAGAACCCCUAAAUGGUUCUGGAGAUCAGCCACUCUUCCACGGAGCCGAUCGAUAUGACUUUGCCAUCAUGAUCCCUCCAGGAGGUGCAGAAUGCUUCUGGCAAUUUGCCCACCAGACUGGCUUCUUCUAUUUCACUUAUGAGGUUCAGCGGAUACUGGGAAUGUCACAUGACCGGCAAGUUACUGCCACUGCACAUACGCCCCAGGGUUUUCUCAUAGACACCUCUCAGAAUGUUCGAGGCCAGAUUAACUUCUCUACCCAAGAGACAGGUUUUUAUCAGCUUUGUAUAAAAAAUCAGCAAAAUCACUUCGGUUCUGUGCAAGUAUACCUCAACUUUGGAGUCUUCUACGAGGACCCUGAGAUGGACCACAAACAAAAGAAUGAGAGAAAACACCUGAAUGACACUCUGGAUGCAAUUGAGGAGAGUACACGGAAGGUGCAGAGGAACAUAUUUCACAUGUGGCGACACUACAACUUUGCCCGCAUGAGGAAAACGGCUGACUUUUUCCUUCUCCAAUCAAACUAUAACUAUGUGAACUGGUGGUCAACAAUCCAGAGCCUUGUCAUUGUUCUUUCUGGGGUCCUGCAGUUGUAUUUCUUGAAGCGUCUCUUCAAUGCCCCAACAACUACCGACACAAACAAGCCAAGAUGUUAAUAAGCUAACUACAGUACCCUGCUUCUUUUC